CCAAGUAUAAAAAGGAAAAGGCAAACUAGCGAGAUAGGAGAGAGAAAGAGGGAGGGAGUUUAGAGACUACCGGACGAGCGUGGGCGAACCAAACAGGCGUCUGCAACUCCUCUUCCCGGGAGAUUAAUGCAGUGAAGAGAGGAAAAAACCUUGUGAGGCUGUUUUCUCUCUUAGCAUAGAACUCAAUUUGGGAACAUAUUUAAGAAGUGAAUCAGGGUUGUGCAAUUUGGGAUUUCACAGCAGCUUUUGUUUCAGAUGUGUCCGAAAGGCGGUGACAAGUUUCAUGGUGGCUGCAAAAGGAUUGAAUUGAUCGCAGAGGACGAAACGAUUAUGGAUCAUUCAUGUCCUCAAAUUUUACCGGAAGGGUCUUCUAAAAAUUCAAGUAUAAGCUCUACACCCAAUCGUGUAUACAAACGGAGGAAGUUGCAGGGGAACUCAAUUUCCAGUCUUCCAAGACAAGGACAGGGUAGCACAAGGAGAAGUGGACAGUCCUUUUCCAUUGUUAGCGCUAAUACUCCUUCAGUUACAACUAAGGAACAAAAUGUUGCCCUACCAGUCGAUAGGGCACCUAAAACUAGUGUGCAAAAGACAUUAGAGGUAGAUAGUUUAAACGAUAGUUGCUCAUCAUCAAAGUCAAAUGCAGAACAAGUUUCGUCUUCAAUUAAAAUGGAUGAAACGAGCGAGUGCUCCUCUUCUAGUGCGGUAGUGAUGGAGUACAUGGGAGAUGAUCUAUCAGAAAAGGAAUUUUGUAUUCGUAUUCUUAGAAGCCAUGGACUGUUGGAAAGAGAUUUUUCAACUAGGAGUUGUGCGUCUUCUGAAGUCAUUGGUGUUGACAAUGGUGACAGGCACAAUUAUUGCCGUUCGUGCAAAAUUUGUGCUCGUUCAGAAAUUACAAUCAAGUUGCUGAUUUGUGAUCAUUGUGAAGAGGCUUUUCACUUGUCUUGCUGCAACCCCCGUUUGAAGAAAGCACCUCUUGACGAAUGGUUUUGUCAUUCUUGUAUGAAAAAGAGGGAACAAAUUUUGAAGGACAAUGUGAGGAGAAAAUUGCCAUAUGUUACUAGUGAAUUGAGUGGAUAUAAAAGUUUAUCAUCCAAAGGAAAAACAAGUCCUCUAGCAUUAAUGUUGAGAGACAUUGAGCCUCGCACAACACGUGUCCGGAUUGGCAAAGAUUUUCAAGCAGAAGUUCCCGAGUGGUCUGGUCCAAUAGAUAAUGACGAUGAUGGCAUUGGUGAAUCCGUGGAAUUGGAUCCUUCACAGUUUUCUAGUUUGCUUGAGUCGAAGCCCAAUAAUUAUAAAUUUAGCUCUGUACAUAAUUGGCUUCAAUGCAGAGCGGUUCUAGACGGUUCAUUAGAUGGUGCAAACGAAACUAUAUGUGGAAAGUGGCGCAGAGCUCCACUCUUUGAAGUCCAAACUGAUGACUGGGAGUGCUAUUGCUCUGUACUAUGGGACUCCAGAUAUGCCGAUUGUGCUGUGCCUCAGGAAAUGGAAACAGACAAAGUUCUUGAGCAAUUGAAGGAUUUCGAGAAGCUGAGGCCCCGGCUAUGGGAGAGACGGAAAAUUUCAGAUCACACCAAGAGCAAUGGUAAUACUAGAAAUCCUACUUAGGAGAUACAAAGUAUGCAAACAACAUAACAUGGUAAGAAUUGCUUCACUUGAGAGGAGCUGGCUAAAGAAUCGUGACCGUUUGAUCAAAAAUCCAAUGGCACGCGAUGCAACUGCAUGAUGUUUCCGUUUUUCCUUCCGCAGCUGUUGGAACUAAGAUCUAAUUGCCGUACCUUAUAACCGAAGUUGAAGCCAAUCAGAGAGGUUUCUGAUUUGUGACAAAGCUUUAGGAAAACAUAUCUACGCCUUGUACGAACUUACUGCUAUAAUUUUUGUUUUCAUUUA